UCCUUUUAUAGGGCUGCAUUUCAUCUUAGGAGAAGGAUAAAGCAACCCAGUUUGGUGUGACUUGAUUGUCUUCAAAGACAGCUGUAACUUUCUUGCAUGAAUUAAUUCUGAUUCAUGACUAAAGACAAGUAAAUUACCAUCAUUCUUGGAAUUAAUUCCCUUCGUAACUUCUGCCAAAUAUGUCUUUCAGGGACUUCCUUAACUAUUGACUCGCAUGAGAAUGUGGUCAUAGAUGUAGACAUGAUCAAAGAAUAAAUGGAAAACAUUUUGAGAUUCUUCAUUGUACAUCUGUAGGUCAGAUAUUCCCUGAGAUCUCACGUGGCCCUUGGCUGCUCUUGGCCUUUUUAUGUGUACUUCUACCUCACUGUACUCAGGGGGUGGAAUUUGGGAACAGGAUCUGAUCAUCUGGAAAUUUUUGGUGUAGUCUCUAGCUAUGUAAUAAUCCCAAAUCAGUUUGAGAAUUUGAGGAUUAGCAGGUUUGUAUUUGCAAAAUUUAAUUUGUCAGCUUCACUGCUGGUGCAUCUGCCACCUGCUUUCCACUGCUGUGAUUGUCAGAGCAUGAAUUGAUGGCUGUCCACAGGAUGCAGUAAUAAAGCACACCACUCAAAAGUAGAAAGUACCUGAAGACACCCAGCAGAGAAUAAAUGUUAGCUACACCUUCUUUGUGUGGCAGUUAUUGGAGGUGUGCACACAGUGUGCACUAUCAUGCAUGCAAGGAAGAAGGUGGGAAAGGAUGAUAUCAUAGGGCAGAUGCUCUCACAGAUAAAUUUGUUAGCAUACCCUAGUGCAAUGAUCUUUCUUAACAGUUAAAGAAAAGACCUAUGAUUUUCAUCCUUUAGCUUAAAAUAGAUGUGUUGUGUUUAGUACAGUACUAAUGCAUGCUGAAAAUGUGACAGGUGCUAUAGCCAUAUAAAUAAAGUUCUUAGAAUAAAUUAAGAAAAAGCAUUUUGCUGGUUUAUUUUUGUGAAAUGAUAUACUUUUCAGAUAGUGUGCAGUUAGCCAUUUUUACUUUAUCCUUUGAACCUUCAACUUCUUCCAUUCUAGUGGCCUUUUUUGCCUACAUAAAAUACCAUAGUCCUGGGUUUGUCAUUAGACAAAAUACUAAAGUAUUGAAAUCUGGUUUCCCCCUAUUUUAUAACUGUAGAUUCUGAAUUAGCGAAAGUAAUUUCUUAAUCUCACCUCAGUUUUAGAACCUCUUUCUGGUAGUGAGGUAUUUCUUGGAUGUCUUGUCUGUAUUUUUUUUUCUUUUAGAUAUCACAGAACUAUCAAAAUUUAACUGUUUGUUAAGAAUAAUUAUGGAAAGAAUAUGCUGUAGCUGAUUUCCUUAAGUAGGAAAUCUCAUCAUACUCAGACGCUAACAUGCAAAUGCUGGUAGUGUAACUUGCUCACCCACAUUACCUCUAAGCACAGACAUAAUUGCAGACCGUGGCAGAAAGGUCACAUGUCCCUAAGAGUUCAUUCUUUUCAAAAAAUAUGCAAAUAUACACUGUAGGACUUUCGCUGGCUUACUGCAAAGCAUUUUCAUAAAUAAUUAAAGCAAGAUCUCACUUGUCAAAAUACAUGAGGAAAUCCAUCUUGUAAUGUGUUAGCCAUUAUUCAACAAGAACAGAAAUAUUAUCUUCACUUAUUUGCUGAUUUGCAAGAUGGGGUAAUUCAGCACUUAAUGAUAGCUGCUAUAAAAGAAGAAGAAAAAAUGAUUAGUUACACAAAGCCUGUCAGUCUUAUGAGAAAUCAUAAGAUUCCAAAGUAGUAACUUGGCUGCUUAAGACUGGUAAUAUUUGGGUUUGUUGAUGUUAGCACUGCAACAGGUUGGACUAAGGUUUUAUGGAAUCUCUUCCAUGGAUUGAACCAAAUUCCUUUACGAAUGCUAGAAAAAGGCAAGAACAUGAUGUGGCUGCUGAAUCAACCACGGGUCCCUUUGGUGGACAGUCAGGUGCUACAUUUGCUAUUGAAAGUUGUCUGAGCUGGAUGUCAGCAGAGAGCAGACUGCAACACCAGAGGCCACCUCAGAAACCUGUGUUGCCAGUUUCCACACUUUCUCUAAAGAAUGUUAUCCUUUUCUCUUGAGCCCUUUUUGACUGCUUGGUUUAUUUUUCUUUUCCCUCAUCUUUACACUUGCUUGCAUACUGUCAUCAGUUGUUGGUCCUGUACCUCAAGAAAACUACCACCUUGAACUUCUGAUUUGUAUCCAUACAGCCUUCUGCCUGUUCUCAAGUCUGCUUUCCCCCUCUGUUCUCAAUAUCAGUUCUUCGUGCACCUCUUUUCUUUGUAGCUUUCUUCAUAGAAAAAAUAGCCAGUUGCUUUGCAAGUUUCAGUAAGCACUGAGAACUGACCACUGCUGCUUGAGGAAGCCUUUUCUCCUGUGGAUCUCUGCCUUUCAGUUGAUUAACCUAAGUUUAUUAGAGAGCCUGUGUUUCACCGAAGGCUUCUGCUUGGUAUGGAGCUGCAGCUUCAUGCUGAUUCUCUGGUAAAUCAAGGGAGCAAUAAUAAUAAGGAAGAAUUUGUGUUACAGCAUUUUGUGUAGUUAGGAAACUCAAAUUCAUUACCCCUUUACCUUGGAGACACAUCUCCAUGCAAUUUCAAAGAGCUGUUUUCUUCAAGAUUUGUCACUGAAGCUUACCAGCAUAUUCAGAAGCUGUUGGGAUGAGGAGAGGCAAUCUCAUUCCAUAAGAAGUUAGACUAAAUUAUCAGCCAAUCCCUUUCUUUCUCUUUUCAUCUGACUGUGUUGCUAUUUUCUCCUUUUUCACUUCUAUUUUCCCUUCUUCUUUCUUCAUCAAAUUUGCAAUCUCCCUUCUGUGAUGUUAAAUCUUAAAUUCAUUCAUUUUUCCUCCUGCAUUUGCACCUUCCUCUGCUCUGAGGUUCUGAGGUUCUUCUCUCAAGAUUUUUUUCUUUUUUCCUUUCUGACUCAUUUACCUUUCACUUUGAACUCCUGGCAGUCUUGUUUCCCAAGGGAAACACAAAUGGAAAACUCUGCUCACAUCCUAUUUACCUAAUUAGGACCCUGAUCUUUUAUUUCUCUGUGCUGGCUUUCCAUUGGUUUUCUUCUAGUUUUCUCUCUGUUUCCUUCUCUUUUGCCUUUCUCUUUUGAGCUCCAGUGAAGCUGCUGCCACAGUGAUCAUUAUUAGUCAUCAUCUAAUGCAAGGAACAGUUUUCUGUCCUCCAGGUUUUGGGUUGAUGGCUGCCUUUGAUUCACCAGGCUUUCUUUUUCCUGGCUUUCAGGGCUCUUUUCUUACUGACUUCAAUAUCUCCUUAAAUGGCUCUUUAUCCACUUCCUGAUGCCAUUGCCCAAGGUUCAGUUCUUUGGUUUUCUAUUUAGAAAAGCAUGGUUUACUGACCUCUUUUUGUGGUAAACCAAUGGGGGAUGUCACACCAAUAUUCUGCUUAUAAUAGGUGUACUUUUAAUUGAGAUCCUUCCAUCCAGGAGCCCUUGGAGAGCUGUGGAUGGUGACUAUGACCUUUUGAUGUUCAAUUUGGGAAUCACUGUGCUGUAAAUUUUAUCUUCCCUCAACUGCCACCAACCCUUGGAUAAUUUCCAAAGUACUCCUCUCUCUGACUUCUCCCCUCCCAUCUUUCCCUGGUGUGUCAUCUUGCUCACCUCUCUGCUACCUUGGACACAGAGUUCAUGAAGACAGAACUUUCCACCCUCUCUUUGUGUCAUCACCAACUAUAAUGUCAGUUCUUUCAGACCAGUUCUUUCAGACAUCCUGCCAUGAUGACAUCAUUUCUGAUCUGCAGUAUUCUAUUUUACCCUACCUAUUGUCAUUUUUCCUCCAGAAUCUGAGAAUCUGGCUUCAGCUGCCUUAAUUGUCAAACCAUUGCUGUGGUUUUCUCACAUGGGAUUGGUGCUUUCUCCUGUCCUUCCUUCCUCUUUUCCCACUCACUGUCAUCCUUGGUUCUUAUUUUUCCAGGUACCUCAGAACAACCUCCUUACCUCCUUUGCCAAAUACUUUUGUGACCUUGCUGUCUUAUUCAUUACUGGAGUCUUCAGUACUGUGAUAUAGUAGGAAGACUACUCUGUGGCUUGUCAUGACAGACUAAUCAUUUAGGGUUUUAGAGGAUGGAGUAUUUCAUAAGAGGCACUUGUGAACCACAGUGAGAAUUUCAAAGUGGUUAAAAAAAAAAAACCCAAAACAUGCUUCUGUGCUUAUUUCUGGGUUUUAUACAAAACACAGAUGUGUGUGUGCCUCAUACCUGGUGAUUGGCUUUCUGUAUGUGUUUGAGUUUCAAAAUCAAACUGAUCUUCACAGUGUAUGUGUAUUUUGUAAGAAAAAUUCCAUAGACAUUCCAUCUUUUUAUGUGUAAAAGUUAGUAUUGUACAUUGACAAUAUUCAGCUUAUUUACAGCUUUUCCAUUUUGUAAAUUGCAUGGCAUCUCAGAGGUGGGUUUUGCAAUCUACUUAUGUUGUUUUAUGACCUCAGUUAUAGACUUGUGAGAUUUUUCUCUUUUUUUCCCCCCCAGUCUCUGGGUGUUGCUAGACAGCACGCAAACAAAUUCCAUUGAAAAUGAGCAAUUUGGAUUUAUCCAGCUAGUGCAAGUGGUUAUAGGGCUGACUGUCACCAAACGCUCAGCUCUUUGGUCCUGACUUCAGUCGUCAUUGUGGCCGGGUUUGCAGAAAGGGGGACUAAGAGUAGUGGGCUGGAUUCCCCACACAAUGCCAUCAUUGUGCGGGUGAGGAGGAGAAGCUGGUGUUCUGGCAGCUUCAGCUCUCUCUGAAAGCCUUGUCUCUUGUUCUGGGCAUUUAAAAGACAGCAUUCCUCUGCUGACAGUCCUGCCUGGAUUACUGGCUUGAAUUCGGUGGGCAGCAAAGAUGCCUAGAGCAGUUUCAUGGGAGAAGACAGCGCAGCAUAUAAGAGGGGCUUUUUCCGCAGGAGUAUCCAGAAGAACAUGGUUUACACAUGUCACAGAGAUAAAAACUGUGUUAUCAAUAAAGUUACCAGAAAUCGCUGCCAGUACUGCAGAUUACAGAAGUGCUUUGAAGUGGGAAUGUCCAAAGAAUCUGUCAGAAAUGACAGGAACAAAAAGAAGAAGGAACCUUCAAAGCAGGAGUCCACAGAAAACUAUGAAAUGACAGCAGAGUUAGAUGAUCUCACUGAGAAGAUCCGAAAAGCUCACCAGGAAACCUUCCCUUCACUCUGCCAGCUGGGAAAAUACACUACGAACUCCAGCGCAGAUCAUCGGGUUCGACUGGACCUUGGGCUUUGGGACAAAUUCAGUGAACUCGCAACGAAGUGCAUUAUUAAAAUAGUGGAAUUUGCAAAGCGAUUGCCAGGCUUUACAAGUUUGACCAUUGCAGACCAAAUAACUCUACUGAAAGCAGCCUGCCUGGAUAUUCUGAUCCUUAGAAUUUGCACAAGAUACACACCGGAACAAGACACCAUGACCUUUUCAGAUGGCCUUACCCUAAACCGAACUCAGAUGCACAAUGCCGGAUUUGGCCCGCUGACUGAUCUCGUGUUCACAUUUGCCAACCAGCUCCUGCCUUUGGAAAUGGAUGAUACAGAAACAGGUCUCCUUAGUGCCAUCUGCCUCAUCUGUGGAGAUCGCCAGGACCUUGAAGAACCAAUGAAAGUGGAUAAGCUUCAGGAACCCUUGCUUGAAGCACUGAAAAUUUAUAUCCGAAAGAGACGACCCAACAAGCCUCAUAUGUUCCCAAAGAUCUUAAUGAAAAUCACGGAUCUUCGUAGCAUCAGUGCAAAAGGUGCAGAACGUGUCAUUACAUUGAAAAUGGAAAUUCCUGGAUCCAUGCCACCUCUUAUUCAGGAAAUGCUGGAGAACUCUGAAGGACAUGAACCACUGACACCAACCUCAAAUGGAAAUACUGCAGAACACAGUCCCAGUAUCUCACCUAGUUCAGUGGAUAACAGCAGUGUCAGUCAAUCCCCUAUGGUGGAAUAAGACAUUUUCCAGCUACUUCAGACAUUCCUAAUACCUUAUGUACAGGGAUGAAAAGCAAGACAACAUUUUUACUGCUGCUUAGUUUCUGGACUUAAUAUAUAUCUAUAUAUGUAUAUAUAUAUAGAUAAACUCAACAAGGACCAAGAAAUUUUCAUAUGUAUCGAUAUAUACUCCUUGCUGUUUAAACUCUUAAAACUAGAAAAUGCAAACUUUUGAAACUCUAAAUCAGCCAUUUCAUGCAAAAAAAAAAA